UUUCCCAAUUGCUCUUUCAACAGCCAAACGGCGCUUUAAAAGAGUAUCGGUUAUUAAAAAAGCAAUUUGAAAAAUUCUCUUUCCAAAGCAGAGUCUCAGAAUCUCAUGCAGGGGAUGUUGAGAGAGAACUCAAUCUGCAAGCAAACGCUCCAAAAUUCCCUACUCCCAAAGCAAUCUCUCUAUCUCUCUCUAUAAAAUCUCUCCUCUCUUGUGACAAAAUCCAUCACAUUCUUGUCUCCUACCAUGGAAAACCCACCGCCACAGGAAUCCAGUGGCUCAGAUGCGUCCAUCUUCCUCCACGGCGAUCUCGACGUUGUGAUUAUUAAGGCCCGGAGCCUUCCCAACAUGGACAUGCUCUCUGAGCGCCUACGCCGCUGCUUCACCCCCUGCCGUGCCGCCAUCGACACUGCGUUCCGCUCCAAGGAGCCAAAGCAGCAGCAGCACCACCACAAGAUCAUCACCAGCGAUCCCUACGUCAAGGUCUGCCUCGCCGGGGCUACCGUGGCCUGCACCCGUGUCUGCUCUAACUCCCAGGACCCCAUCUGGAACGAGCACUUCGACAUCGCCGUGGCCCACCCUGUCAGCUGCAUCGAGUUCCACGUGAAGGACAAUGACAUCUUUGGCGCGCAGCUGAUCGGCAUUGUUUUGAUCUCCGCUGAGCUGGUCCGGACAGGGGAGAGGAUCGAGGGGUGGUUCGACAUCAUUGGUCCGAGUGGAAGCCCACCCAAACCCGGCUCAGCUCUGAACCUCUCUAUGCAAUUCAAGCCAUUCGAUGAAAAUCCCCUGUACAAACGGGGCAUCGCGGGGGACCCUGAACAGAAGGGGAUCCCGGGUACGUACUUCCCACUGCGGAAGGGAGGGAAGGUGACGCUUUAUCAGGACGCGCAUGUCCGAGAGGAAGAUAAUCUUCCGACCAUUGAAUUGGAGAACGGGAAGGUGUUUCAGCAUGAGAAGUGUUGGGAGGAUAUCUGCGAUGCGAUAUUGGGAGCACACCAUCUGAUUUACAUUGUGGGGUGGUCCAUCUAUCACAAGGUGAGGCUGGUUAGAGAGUCGAAGAGGGAAUGGCGGACGGGUGAGAAUUGUGGGAAUCUCACGCUUGGGGAAUUGCUAAAGUACAAGUCACAGGAGGGAGUUCGGGUGUGCUUGUUGGUUUGGGAUGACAAAACUUCCCACAGCAAGUUCUUUGUCACUACGGGAGGAGUGAUGCAAACCCAUGAUGAAGAAACGCGGAAGUUUUUCAAGCAUUCAUCAGUUAUGUGUGUAUUAUCCCCUCGUUAUGGCAGCAGUAAGCUUAGCAUCGUCAAGCAAUCGGUUGUAGGAACACUCUUUACCCACCAUCAGAAAUGUGUACUUGUUGAUACACAAGCUUCUGGAAAUAACCGAAAGAUUACUGCUUUUAUUGGAGGUCUUGAUCUCUGUGAUGGGCGCUACGAUACUCCUGAGCAUAGACUAUAUCGCAAUCUUGAUACUGUAUUUAGGGAUGAUUACCACAAUCCUACAUUUCCAACAGAAGGCAAAGGCCCAAGACAACCAUGGCAUGAUUUACACUGUAAAAUUGAAGGGCCUGCUGCAUAUGAUGUGCUUAAAAACUUCGAGCAACGGUGGAGAAAAGCAACAAAAUGGUGGGAAUUUGGACGGUGUUUUAAAAAAGAACGUCAUUGGCAUGACGAUGCCUUGAUAAAGCUAGAACGUAUCUCAUGGAUACUCAGUCCUUCCCCAACUGUACCAGAUAAUCAUCCUAGCCUGUGGGUUUCCAAUGAGCAGGAUCCUGAAAACUGGCAUGUGCAGAUUUUUCGAUCUAUCGACUCUGGAUCAGUAACAGGAUUUCCAAAGAGCACUACAGAAGCUGAGGCUCAGAAUCUUGUUUGCAGAAAGAACCUGGUAAUAGAUAAGAGCAUACACAUGGCAUAUGUAAAGGCAAUCAGAUCUGCCCAACGCUUCAUAUAUAUUGAAAAUCAGUAUUUUCUUGGUUCUUCAUAUGGGUGGCCAUCUUACAAAAAUGCAGGUGCCGAUAAUCUGGUCCCAAUGGAAUUGGCCUUAAAGAUUGCUAGUAAAAUUAGAGCAGAGGAGAGAUUUGCAGUGUACAUUGUCAUUCCGAUGUGGCCUGAAGGUGUUCCUACGAGUGCAGCUGUGCAAGAAAUCCUUUUUUGGCAGGGCCAGACGAUGCAGAUGAUGUAUGGUAUUGUUGCAAAGGAGCUAAGAUCCAUGGGCUCGAAUUCCCAUCCACAAGAGUACUUGAAUUUCUAUUGCCUCGGAAAUCGGGAAGAAUUGCCCAAGGAAAUGAAACAAUCAACUAGUCAGCUUUCUCAUAAUACUGAUGUGGCUGUGUCCAAAAGGAUCCCACGGUUCAUGAUUUAUGUUCAUGCCAAAGGGAUGAUAGUAGAUGAUGAAUACAUCAUUUUGGGGUCUGCCAACAUUAACGAAAGAUCUUUGGAUGGUUCAAGAGACACUGAGAUUGCUAUGGGUUCAUAUCAACCCCAUCACUCAUGGGAUGAGAAGAGAAGAAAACAUCCACGUGGCCAGGUAUAUGGAUUCAGGACGUCAUUGUGGGCAGAGCAUCUAGGCAAACUAGAUGAUUGCUUCAAAGAACCCUACAGCCUGGAGUGCGUGACAGCUGUGAAUGACAUAGCUAAAGAUAACUGGGAGAGGUAUGUAUCUGUGGAGGAAACAACAUUGCAAGGACACCUUCUCAAGUACCCCAUCAAGGUGGAGGCUGACGGGAAGGUGGGGUCCUUGCCUGGGUACGAGAAUUUCCCAGACGUGGAUGGUAAGGUACUUGGACAAUCCUCCACACUUCCUGAUGCCUUGACAGUGUAGCCUCCAGCCUAACCAUCUUACUGUCUGUAAAGGCUUUAUACAGCAUUGGAAUUUGAUUGUUUUGCCUAAAAAAUGUCCACUAAUUGAAUGCUCCUUUGUCGGGAAAAAAAAUGCGGAAGGGUUGGAUUCCUGGCAGUUUGUAAAAUUGUACUACAUAUGUUGUUUCAAGAAUUUCGAAAGAAUAAAAAGCUUCAGUACUGAAA